UUAUGCUCACAACUGACCAAUGACAGGUUGCGUUGUAGAAGCCAUUUUACACAAAAGUUAGGUUGACUAGAUUUGGAAGUCAGUCACGUCAAACAGGUCCCUUGUCAUCACAACCGGUUGAAAGCAAAGUGAUUGCCGGGAAUCAUAAGAUAAAGCCAGUGGUGAAACCAGAGUCCACUUGGAGAUGCCAGUAGCAGUUGGACCCUACGGACAGUCCCAGCCCAGCUGCUUUGACAGAGUGAAGAUGGGUUUCAUGAUGGGGAUGGCAGUUGGAAUGGUAGCAGGAGCCUUUUUCGGCACAUUCUCAUGUCUCAGAUUUGGAAUGAGAGGUCGUGAGCUGAUUGGAGGAGUUGGAAAAACAAUGUUGCAGAGUGGAGGUACAUUUGGCACGUUCAUGGCCAUUGGAAUGGGAAUACGAUGUUGAAGCACAUUCUUUUCUUUUAAUAAAAUUUUACUAUUCCAUUCUACCUAAAAUAAAAUUUAUGUAAAUAACUGAACAUGAAAUAAAACUUGUACAUAUGUAUAGAA